CCUCUUCAUACGCGUCAAGCGGGAGCUUCCAGGAUUUCGAUGAGAUAAGUAAGCUGUUCCCGCAGGUGCACCGCUCACUCUGCACCAGGGCCGGGCCGCUGUCCGGAGCUCCCGGAACCAAGGGCGCCGAGGCUCCCUCAUGGCCACCGAGGAGCCCGGUCCCUCCACCGCGAAGGAGGUGCGGGUGCACGGGGUGCCCAAGCCCCCGCCUCCGAAGCCCCGCUGGUACGAGCGCUGCGUGCAGCCCUGCGUGGCCGAGCUCCUGGGCAGCGCGCUCUUCGUCUUCAUCGGCUGCGCCUCCGUCAUCGAGAACGCGGAGGGCACGGGGAGGCUGCAGCCCGCCCUGGCGCACGGGCUGGCCCUGGGGCUCAACGUCGCCGUCCUGGGCAGCAUCAGCGGAGGCCACUUCAACCCCGCCGUGUCCCUGGGCGCGUGGCUGGUCGGCGGCCUGAGCAUCACGAUGCUGCUGCCCUACUGGGCGUCCCAGCUCUGCGGCGGGGUGAUGGGAGCCGCCCUGGCCAAGGCAGCCACGGCCGGCGAGCGCUUCGCCAACGCCAGCGGAGGAGCCUGCGGGACCGUCGCCGCCGACGCGCGGGUCCCCGCCGCCCUGGCCGCCGAGGUGCUGGCCACGGCCCUGCUGGUGCUCGCCGUCUGCAUGGGGGCCCUCAACGAGGGGACCAGGACGCCGCUGGCACCUCUCUGCGUCGGCGCCGCCGUCACGGCCGCCGUCCUGGCGGGGGGCGGUGCCGGCUCCGGAGCCUGCAUGAACCCCGCCAGAGCCUUCGGGCCGGCGCUGGUGGCGAACCACUGGGACUAUCACUGGGUUUACUGGGUGGGGCCCGUGCUCGGUGGCCUCCUCGUCGGCGCCCUGGUGAGGCUCCUGAUGGGUGACGAGAAAACCCGGCUGCUGCUGCUGUGA